UUGAAUAAAAUCUUUCUUUCACGGUUUAAAAAAAAGCCCAUCAUCUUAAGCAAAAAAGAUAAAAAUGUUCCAUCUUUUUCAUAAUUGUAUAAUAAAUAAUCAUUGCAAAAUAAAUAUUGUUUUAUGUUCUUAAUGUAAAUUUUACACUAAUUUAUCUCCUUGCAAAAGAAAUUUGUUUAUAAGUUUAUUUUGAUUGUAGAAUCCUUAAUAUAUUUCUUGAUUUGUAUGGCCUCUGAUUUUCUUUUACAGUUGAUGUUUCCAUUUUUCAGAAUUCCAUACGCUAACCUUAAGCAAAAAAAAAAAACAUUUGCCAAAAUUUCACCUUACUUUUGUUUUGUUAAUAGAUUUAUAAAUUUGUAUAUAUAGUUAGAUUAUCAUUUGAUUUUCUUGGACAUUUUUAAGUUAAUGACUAAUAAAAAAUGAAAAUUAGAAAAAGUAGAUUUCAUUUUUAAAUCUGUAAGUUUUUCUUUACACUAAAAUAGUAAUUUUCAGUUUUAUUAUAUUAUGGUGUGAAAUCUUGCCAUUUCACUUACUGAAAUUAGUUGUUUACUUUUGCUAGAACAUGACACGUAUAUGAGAAAAAUACUCUUACAUAAAAUCACUGAAAUCAUUGACAUUGUUCAAAUUAAUAACUAAUAAAUUAUUUUCAAUAUAAAAUACUUUAAACUGUAUAUGAUAUUUUGAAUUUUCUUGAUCUCAUAAGGAUAUAAAUCCAUCAAAUAUAAUAAAUUUAUACUACCCUAAAACUCAUUGUUUUAUUUUUUCUACUGACAAAUGAGAUUGUCAUUUAAUAGUGGUUGAUUGUUACUUUCUUUCUUUUUGUGUAUGGAUUUGCAGUUUAUUUAACAACCUCAUGAUCAUCAGUACAAAACACAAUCACUGAACAAAAAAAAGGGAUAUUCACAUCAACAAACAAAGCAGAAUUCGUGAUUUUUGUAGGGAGAUUCUCACUUUUGCUUAAUUAUUUUGAUCAUGGAUCACUUACCUUUGGAUCUUAUCGACAACAUUCUCUUUAGAUUGGAUCCUAUAUCUGUGAUUGUGAUGCAAUGCACCAAUAAAUUUCUUCGGACAUAUAUAUCUGAUCCAAAAUUUGAUUCGUACCGCUUUUCUCUAGUUGGAUCUAGUUUGUUUUACAUUUCUAGACAUGCCCCCUUUUACGUCACCUGCCAAGAGAAUAUUAUCCGUUCGUAUCCAUGUUACAUCCUCGGCUCAUGCUCCGGCCUUCUUCUAUUGGACAUUGGUGGUUGCUUCUUCGUCGCAAAUCCCUUCACAAAUAGGUCUCGACCUUUGGAUCACUCUGGGUCAAAGAUUCUCUAUGACAUAGUUACUUGUGUCAAGUGGGUCGAUAAGGCAAUGUGCGUCGGUUUCGCGGUAGAUCGGAUUCAAAAUCAGACCAAAAAGAGAUUCAAGAUCGUUUGCAUAGUGAAGAUGCAGAUGAUGUAUGGAUUCGAGAUCAGCGAUGGACAUUCCUGGAGACUAUCCGAAACGACCAUCACCUCUAGUUCAAAAAGUGACCUCGCUAAGAGAACGAAACCUGUUUACUUGGAAGGCACUCUUCACUGGCUGAGAAACGAUGGGAGCAUCAUAGCUUUCAACCCCGAGACAGAGCAAGCGUGCUUUAUUCCUUCUGUGUUCCAUCAAGAACCGGAGACGGAACUGUUUUUCGCGUCUGACGACAAGAUCAAUCGUCUGGCUUUGGUAUCGGGAACAAAAGAAGAAAUCUCGGUUUACACACUAGCCGAGAACGCAAAGUGGGCCCUCGCAAGGCAGAUCAAGAACGUGUUUAUGGAGCAAUGUGAGCUUGAGUUCUGGAGCCUGGUUAUGUACGACGGCAAGCGACUUGUGGUGAGGGAGAAGAAGAGGAAUCUUGAAGGUGUGUUUCAUGUGUACGACAUGGAAGCUAACAAUUGGGGAGUUUUGGGGUCGACCUUUUGGUCGAGCAAAGGUGUCACAGACUUCUAUAAGCUUACACCCUCCUUGUCCUUUGUCGAGGAAGAUGAAGUGAAGGAUAAUAUUCCUUGUUAUGACCCACAAGCCUCUUAUUUAACUGCGGUUAUGAGAUCCACUGACAGUCCUCUGGCAUUUGGAGGUCAAUUACAAAAUUUAAAAUUAGAGCCCUAAAUAAGCUACCAUUUCUAACAAAUAAAAUUUUCAGUACUUUUU